UGCAGCCGGCUACGAACAACAUGGCACUCAAAGCCCUAAUGUACGAUCGCGGAUUACAUAUUCCGGGUUAAAGUUGUUUCCCCGAAAGGCAGAGGUCGGCGAGAAGAACAAGAAUUAGGGUUUCUUCGAUAUCUCUCUCCCUCUCUCCAGGUCGUGUUUCAGGAACACUAUAAGAUGUCCCGUGUCUAUGUUGGAAAUUUGGACCCACGAGUCAAUGAGCGAGAGCUUGAAGAUGAAUUUCGUGUCUUCGGAGUUAUACGCAGUGUUUGGGUUGCAAGAAGGCCGCCAGGCUAUGCUUUUGUGGACUUUGAUGAUGCCAGGGAUGCACUAGAUGCAAUUCGUGAACUGGAUGGUAAGAAUGGCUGGAGAGUUGAGAUGUCUCACAACUCUAGAGGUGGUGGCGGUGGCCGUGGAGGGGGGCGGGGCCGGUCUGGUGGUUCAGACUUGAAAUGUUAUGAGUGUGGUGAGCCUGGUCAUUUUGCUCGUGAAUGCCGCCUGCGUGGGCCAGGUGGAAGAAGACGUAGUCGCAGCCCCCCAAGAUAUCGCAGGAGUCCAAGUUAUGGUCGAAGGAGUUACAGUCCUCGUGGUCGAUCUCCCAGACGUCGCAGUGUGUCACCACGUGGUCGCAGCUAUAGCAGGUCACCACCGUAUCGUGCACGUGAUGAGUUGCCAUAUGCCAACGGAAAUGGUGUCAAGGAUCGGCGCCGAAGCAGGAGCUAAGUUACAGACUUGGUAAAUUUCAAUUUGUUGAGGGUUUCAGAUGGUUGUUUGAGUGGGAUAAUGUCCUCAGCUUUGACUCUUAGAUUUGGUUAAAUUUAUUCCUAUUUCGUUAUUAAGUUUGUGAUUUUUUUCCUUCUACCUUGCACUACAUAGUUGUUUGUUGCAAUGGAUCUUAGGUAUUCAUAUUAAAUUUAGUAAGAUUGAAAACUUAAAAUAGCGCUGCUAAAAGGUUUAUGCUUUUGUUUUUAUGUCGAGGUGUCUUCGUGGUUCUGCUUCAUUGGUUUUCUACACCCACACCCUUGUGGUUUCUUCCUUGCCCCCCUGUUCUGGGAUCUUCAAUUUUGAAUGAUUGUGACCCCCAGCUGGCUACAUGAUUAGAAUGCUUCUGUGUGAUUGAAUCUCGGGCAGUGACGCGCCUCCCUCGACCUGUAUUGGGAUUUCUUCUAGAUACUUAAUAUGGAUCGGAGAGCUGCUUCAAAACACUUCUGGCAGGUAUAUAAUCUGUUUACAGAAGUUGGGAAUCAGACAUUCUCGAAGUAAAGAAAUUUGAGUUUAUUAUAACUGGCCCUUUCAAAAAGUUUUAUAAAACAAUCUAAGUUUGAACCAGUGAAGUGAAGGGUGCUAGCAACCCAUAUAUCCUGUUUUACUCUUUAAUUGACUUUCUGGCCUUCUCAAAACAAAUAUCUUUUUUUGGCUAUUCUCUGUUAUUAGUUUGUGCUUGCCAAGGACAGAGAAAUGAAGGAUUCAUUGUGAAAAUUUAUUGGACAGGAAAAGUGAUUUCAUAUAAAUAAAAAUGUCUCCCCUAAUAUUGCCAAUUCUUGAAAAUGUUUUGAAAUUGGGAGUUUGGAAAUAAAAAUAAACUUUAGGGACUUAUUUAUCCCUUGUUAUGGGAACUCUUCUUUUGUGUAUAUGCACUUUGGUCUUUUUCUACUAAAAUUACUUCAUUUUGGGCUGUGAUUAUGUUUCUGGUUGGAUGGCCUUCUCUUCUCUAAGUGGUGUUUCUCCCUCUUGCAACAAGGGCUCUGCAAAAGGGAUCAGUGCCCUUUGCCUUUUACCUGAAGACCUUCGUCCAAUCUACAAAGCGAUUGGUGCUUCCUUCAACCCCCCCUCUCCUCUCCCCUUUCUCUCUUCCCCCUCUUUCCCCCAGUUAAUUUUUAUAUUAACAAAGGUAUGACUGCUUGGUGUAGAUAGUCUGACGUUGUUAUGUGCUUGGUUUGAGCCAGGGUUUUGAGUUUUAUCUAGUGUUUAAAUUAGACAAGAUGAUGUAUAGCAGCUGAGUUUGAUGCUGGUUUGUCCUUUUGAUGCUGUUAAAAGGGUUUGAGCGACAAAAGUUUUUUGAGUUGC